UCAUCCUGUUUAUGUGUGUGCACUCUGUUCGGAACCAACCGGAAGGAAGUUUGCGAAACUGGAGGAAGCAGGACAUCCCCGUCUCGAGAGUGCCAAGAUGAGAGGCAACUGGGAUACGGCGGAACCUUUGGUACACGCGCCGAAUCAGCAACGGCAGCAGCGACAAACUGUCGUUGAAGAGCAGAGGCAUCCCCUCCAUUCACCAACCACGCCCGCUUGGGGUAUCACCGAUAGAAUCGUGAAGGAGGAACCGUCGGAGGAUAAAAACAACGACUCAGGAGUAUCCCCUGAUUAUUACACCAGCAACUCUGCGUCGCCCAGAAGCAGGAGAUCUUCUUCAACGGCAAACUGUAGUUUGUCGCCAGGAAGUGCGACCUCGCAGGAUUCGAACACAAUGCACUGCGGCGCGUUCGACUACAGUCCGCAAAGCAUGUUCAAGAAUUGCGACUCGCCGGUCGAUUACAACAGGAAUCCAUCGAUGGACGAUCAUCAGGCGGAGAGGGCGAUGGACGUCGCUUCCAGCACGACGAAACCGCCCAACGGAGAUGUCGAGUACGGUCCAGAUUCUUUCCAGUGUCCCAUUUGCGCUUACACUUCGUUGAACAGGUUAAAGUUCUCGGAACACCUAACGACGCAUUGCGGCUCACAAUGCGACACGGCAGAAUUCGUAAAAACGGUUCUCAAUCAGUUGACGCCAGGUGCCCCGCAGGACGAGAACAGGUCCACGCCACCUCAGGGCGAACGAUCCGAGCAACUAGAAGAGCUGGAAGAAGCCGACGAGCCAGGGCUUCGAGUUCCCCGAGUGAAUUCUCAGGGCAAAGUGAAGACCUUCAGAUGCAAGCAGUGUAAUUUCGUGGCUAUCACCAAACUGGAGUUCUGGGAACACAGUCGCGGCCAUAUCAAAGCGGAGAAAUUAUUGACCUGUCCAAAGUGUCCUUUCGUGACGGAGUACAAACAUCACCUGGAGUACCAUUUGAGGAACCACUUCGGCUCGAAACCGUUCAAGUGCGACAAGUGUUCGUACUCGUGUGUGAAUAAAUCGAUGUUGAACAGCCACUUGAAAUCGCAUUCGAACGUCUAUCAGUACAGAUGCGCUAACUGCUCCUACGCCACCAAGUACUGCCAUUCACUGAAGCUGCAUUUGCGCAAAUACUCCCAUCAGCCUGCGAUGGUGUUGAACGCCGACGGUUCACCGAACCCGUUGCCCAUCAUAGACGUGUACGGAACUCGGCGAGGUCCGAAGCAGAAGUCUGUCAAACCCAUCCAGGAGGACACCAACCAAAACAGCAACAUCGUCGUCUCGAACAAUAACUCGCAGAUUUCACUGCCGUCUCCUCACAUGGUAGUCGCCUCGCAGAUCUCUCCAGUCAAUUAUUGCUUGCCGAUCAACUCGAUGAAUGGCUUGAACGGUGCGAACGGCUUGAACGGGGUAGUGUCCAACCGCUCGGUGAUGGCUUUCCCGUACAACCAGAUAUUCCCCGCAUAUCCGAUGGCCCACGUGCCCACGUUCGACGAGAACAACGUCGAGAAACACCUGGACAGAAUCCGAGCGAACGUGUUGGUGGACUUCACGAAGAUCGACGUCGACAGCGCUAUGCCCGAGGAGGUACCGCAGGAUCUGGACUCCAAGUGUUUCGAGUCGAUCAAAGCAUGCGACGAGUCGAACAAGCCGGCCAACGACAUCUCCAAGAACGACGCUUCAAUGACUGUGAUGGAGGUCCAGGACGAGGUGACGGAUCUGAAAGUUACGCCACUGGAUCUCAGCAAACCCACCACUCCUAACAAUGUUCAGAGCAAACCGAUGACGAAAUUGACUGGCACCAGCCGACGCAAGGGAAGAGCCGUCAAGUUGGAGCGCCGAGUGAUCGAAGAAGAUACUGAUGAUGAACAGCAACCGGAGCCCGAAGAGUUGUACGAGACUACGGUCCUCGCCAGUCCUGGCUCACGGGAUGAAAAGGACAAUGGCGGACGAAACAGCAGUCUCGGUAGCGAGUUCACUUGUCAGUACUGCGAGAUCUCCUUCGGCAACGUGGUGAUGUACACCGUGCACAUGGGGUACCAUGGCUACAAGGAUCCCUACACCUGCAACAUGUGCGGCCACCAGUGCACCGAUAAGGUGUCCUUCUUCUUGCACAUCGCCAGGUCAAAACACUCAUAGAGACUCAGGUUGAACUCAGGUAAAUUGAAGUGGAUUAUAACGUACCUUGACAGUGUGUGAAUAUUUUUAAGG